GUGGUCAGUGCUGGGAGGCUUUGUUGAUGGGUUGACUGGUGCUUGUGUCGGGGGCUUUGUGGGAUGGUGGUCAUUGUUCCUGCGAGCCCAGGUUAGAAAACGUUUGGUUUUAUGUAUGCAGAAAGCCCGCUCCCGUGGGGGGUAUAAUAAGAGUCCCCGAACUUGAGUGUCUCAGUGUCAGUUGUGUGUAAUUCUCCCAUUCUGCAAGGACUGUACUGCAUUCGAAUCAACCUUAUCAGUGAUGAAUUUUUUCCAGGAGACUCAGUCUGAUUUGGAGGUUAUAUUAGAGUUCCUCGAGGAGUAUCACAGACAAAACAAUGCAGAAAAUGACAAGGUGCGUUGGACGGCUAUGGAGGAAAGAAAUGUACCUGCAGACGAAACAUGCAAGCAACUCUGGGCAUACUAUGAGCCACCUAACAUCAAACCUGCACUCCAGCCCUUUCUUGCACAAGAUGCUCCAGCAGGACUCGGCCAAAACACAACAGCAACACUGUCUGAGCGUGGGUCAGUGCCAAGCUUCGCGACAACAAGAAAAUCAACCAAACACCCGGCCGCAGUAGGGAGGAGUGGUAAAAGGGUGCGACUCUUUCACUUCCUUUUUGAGAUGCUGGAGAAUCCAAACAUGGCCCACUGUUUGUCCUGGGUGCCAGCUGCCGCCGGUGUUUUCCGCUUUUCCUCCAGGAAUAAGGACCAGGUGGCUGCACUGUGGGGACAGAGAAAAGGCAACAAGAGACCCAUGACCUACCAGAAGAUGUCCAGGGCGCUUAGAAACUACGCCCGGUCUGGAGAGAUCUUCAAGGUGAAGAAGAAGCUCACCUAUCAGUUUAGCCGAGACACCCUGAUGUUGCUGCAGAAAUGUCAUCGAGAUUUGUAAUGCAGGCUCAAUUUUCUGUAGCUCAUAUCAUGUGAAGUGAACUGUGCUCUUUUUUUCCUGUUUAUAAAGUCUGUUAAUCUCAACUUUCAUUUCCUACAUUUUUCCAUUAUUACUUAGAUAUUGUACUAUUGAUGGCUUGUGGUGUAAAUAUCAAAAGAAUAAAGAAAUAUUUUA